AUGAGUAUUCUCUCCGUGUUCUACGCGCAUUGGCAGGCUCUCGCUGUUGUUUCGUUUGGUUUAUACAUCAUCCAAACCUGCAUAGUAUAUCUCAGGUUGCGAAAAGUGAAAGGUCCAUGGCUCACGGGAAUAUCAGGCUGGCCGCACAGCCUAGCAAUACUGAGUGAAAGAUGCCAUGAAUGGUAUGAAGAAGCGAAUCAAGAAUAUGUACACUCAUUCUGCUCUGUAUCAGGUCCAAUUGUACGAGUCGCACCGAACUUACUCGUCACUUCGUCCCCCAAAGUCUGGACUCACAUCAAUACCCAUCCCGGGUAUCGACGGUCUCCUUGGUUCUACCAAGCUUGCAGAAUCGGGUACCGGCAGGACAAUAUAUUCGCUUGCACAGACGAAGAAAUUCACAGCAGAAAGAGGAAACAAAUGGUAGCUGGGUAUUCUGGCCGAGAGAACUUGGAGAUGGAGAUCUCAAUCGACGAACAGGUUCGGGAGCUUGUAGAUCUUCUUCGGUCCAAGUACCUCUCCACUCAAGAGGCCAUUGUGCCUGUAGACUUGGCUCAGAAGGUUCAUUACUUUACCCUUGACGUUAUUAGCAGUAUCGGUCAUGGCAAAACGUUGGGACUACUUAGGACCGACUUUGACGUCGACGAUUACCUCAAGUCGAGCCAUGAGGGCUUGAAGAUGUUCAACGCUUCUCUUGCCCUUGGCUUCAGUUGGCUUGCCCAUGCGCCCGUAAUAGGCACAUUCAUCUCCCCAAGACGGACAGACAAACGUGGUAUUGGUAGAAUAAUGGACAUGUGCUUCAGUCAGGUUGAUGAACGACUAGCCGAACCGAAUGACAAGAAAUCCGACAUGUUGGCAUCCUUCAUACGACAUGGCCUAAAGGGCCAGGAGCUUCGGACAGAGUCUGUUGAACAGUUCAUUGCUGGCUCUGACACCACUUCAGCAGGCCUGCGCAGUGCCCUUCUUCACAUCAUAACAAACCCACGAGUCUACAAAAAACUCCAAAAGGAAGCCAAUGAGGCAGUACGUGGCGGCACCGUACCCAAGGCUAGCGAGGGCAUCAUCACCUCCAACCAAGCCAAACGACUUCCGUAUUUGCAGGCCGUUGUCCGCGAAACCCUGAGAGUCUGGCCUCCAGUGGCAGUUCUUUUCUCCCGUGAUGUUCCUCGAGGAGGAGACACGGUUGAGGUCGAGAGCGGCGAGAGCGUAUAUCUUCCUGGGGGUGUCAGCAUUGGCUACUCAGCCCAUGGAAUGCACCAUAAUGAAGAGAUUUAUGGCACUGAUGCAAAGUCUUUUCGGCCAGAGCGUUGGUUUGAAAGUGAUACAGCUAAAAUAACCGUCAUGCUCCGCACGAAUGAUUUGAUUUUUGGGCAUGGCAGGUUUCAGUGUCUAGGAAAGGUCGUCGCGCAGAUGGAACUGGGAAAGCUUUUGUUUGAGGUUGUCCGCAACUUCGACAUUGCUCUCAUUGAUCCGACAAAGCCGUGGAAAGCGAGGAACUACAUGGGACUAUUCGUCAUUUCGGACAUGUGGGUGCAGGUAAUGGAGCGUGAUGAACAAGCCGAGGGUUAA